ACUCAAAAUACAAGUUAUGACAGAUAUUAGAUUCAUUGCUUGUUAAUCCUCAGUCAGAAAUAGGUUAAAAAACUUACUUGAAGGGUGUGGAAAUCCUAUCAAUGUUUUCAGAAGCAUUUAAUAUUUGUUGCACAUGGACUAACUCGUUCGUGGUUGACGAGUAUUGUAUUUGACUUUUUACAAGAAAUGUCUAAAUUGGGAUUACAGACCAAAAUGUCUUAUGACUUGGGUGGGUUGUCAAAAAAACUGAUGGAUUUGGAAAGGUUUGUUGAUAGAAAAAUAGAACUAUAGAUAUCCUACGGCUUGGUUUGAAAAACUAAGUAAUUAAUUGUGCAUAAUGGGCAAGGUAAUAGAAUUGUCACGUUAGAUUUGCUGCAAUCCCAGUUGUCAUGGGGUUAAAGUAAAAUUAUAAGGUGAUUAAUGGGGUUAUCGUCAAAUGGGCUGCUUUGUCCUGGAUUGUGCACUCAUCCAUUACUGUUGUAUAGAUGGUGAAAAACCUUGUUUUGCAGUAAAUGCCUUCUAUGUUCUGUGUGCUGAAGCAAAGCAAGAAUUUCAUUGUCCUAUACAGGGACACAUGACAAUAAACUCACUUGAACACUUGAGGUGUUAGCACUUGCCAUAAGAUAUGUAGUCUCUCACCUGCUGUUGUUGCUAUAGUAUUUAUCUUGCAGGUGUGGUUAAGUUUCUGGUGAAUGAAGAAUCCCAAGAUAUUCAUGGUGUCAGGAAUAAUCAAUGGUAAUGCCAUGGAAUGUCAAGGGUUUGGGUAAAGCGAAAAGGAAAACAAGUGCAAGAGAUGCUUCACCGACGCCAAGCACGGAUGCAGAGUACUCGACAAAUGGUGGAAGCUCGGACCGGAUAUAUGAUUUGAAUAUUCCAGCGUAUGUCAAAUUUGCAUACAUGCCAGAGAGAGAGGAUGAACUAUCGCUGGUGAAAGGGUCACGGGUGACUGUUAUGGAAAAAUGUAGUGAUGGUUGGUGGAGAGGUGGCUACAAUGGACAAGUCGGCUGGUUUCCAUCGAAUUACGUUGUGGAAGAAGUUGACGAGGCCACUGCCGAUUCACCUGGCUUUUUCACAUCUAGACUGGGGGCAGCAGUGAGUAAUGGGCAAACCACAAAAGUACUUCAUGUGGUGCAGACGCUUUACCCGUUCAGCUCUGUCACCGACGAAGAACUAAAUUUUGAAAAGGGUGAAAUCAUGGAUGUCAUUGAGAAACCAGAGAAUGAUCCAGAAUGGUGGAAGUGUCAAAAUUCCAAAGGACAAAUUGGUCUUGUUCCCAAAAACUAUGUAGUAAUCUUAAACGAUGGACCUGCAGUGAGUAGUCCUCAUGUGUCUCAGAUCAGCUAUACUGGCCCAUCUUCAACAGGAAAGUUCGCUGGCAAGCAAUGGUACUAUGGUAGCAUCACACGCCAUCAGGCUGAAGUGGUUUUAAACGAGAGGGGAAUUGACGGCGACUUUCUUGUCAGGGAUAGUGAAUCAUCGCCAAGUGACCUGUCAAUAUCAUUAAAAGCAUCAGGAAAAAACAAACAUUUCAAGGUCCAGCUACUAAAUGGAGUAUAUUGUAUUGGGCAGCGUCGAUUUAAUACAAUGGAUGAAUUGGUAGAACACUACAAAAAGGCACCCAUCUUCACAAGUGAACACGGAGACAAGUUGUAUCUAAUCAAAUCCCUGCAGUGAUACAGGCUAUAGACCUGGUCAUGACCAGGUUUAUCAAAAACUGAACAAUUAUGUGAAGUAAAGAAAUUGAGAGAUUCUGAUACAAUGUUUUCAAUCGAUUUGCACCUCUGAGUGUCAUUUUUUUUUCUUUUAUAUUUUAUAUUUUUCCUGUUCAAUUGCCUGCUUCUCUUUAAUUCUAUUAAACGUGUUGCCUUCCAAAGGUUAGGCUGAACCUCCUCACUUUCUCAAUGAUCACUUGGGCACUCGCUUGGACUGCUAUUUCCCAAAUGUACAUUUAAUUAGCUAGAAGAAAUGGAUGAUUAGCAGAUACUGUCCUUGAAACUGCAGUGUUAAUUAAUCCAAUUAAAAUAUUCACAAAUUAUAUUCUUUUUGAGAAAAAUAUUGGGCACAGUUUAAAUGCACUGAAGCUACAGCUGAUUAAGAGAAAAUAGAUAUCACAAAUGUGGCAGUGAGUACUGUACUUUUUGCUCAUGAAGUAGUUACUGAGAUUUCUUAGAAUCUAGAAGUGCUUUACACUGUACUCUAUAUUAAACAUUUCAUGUAAAGAGUACAUCAAUAGAAUUGUUAACACUUAACGUACUAGACUAUGAUGGCAAAUGGUAGAAAUAAGUGUAGCAAAUUUUGAUCUGUAAUUUGAAGCUAGUGGAGAGUACACACUUUUAAGAUCAAUCUAAAGCAGGCAUCCGUAAUGUAAGAAGCUGAACAGCAAUGUUAUCUGCACAUUCAGCUGUGCCACUCAUUAUGCUUGUUUCUUGCAUCCUUAUGCUUGUUUCAAGUAAAUUAUACAUAUUUAAUUGUCACCACAAUAUGUAGCAGGUUGUUGACACUAAUAAGUGAGAUUAAUAAAAACUGAUCAUUUUGGGGGUUACUGGCA